GAAUCUGCUUUUUACUCAUUCGGAUAAGACAGUCCGCCGCUCGCGCACGCUCACAUCGUGAGCGAACACAACAUGGCACGCGUAAAAUAUUUAUUCAUCUUAUUGUUUAUAAAAUCCGUCCUUCAUAUCACGUAUGGACAACCGCAAAUUAAACAUUUUAGAGAUGACUACAAAUAUUUGGAGGAUACGAGCAGUUUCUACAAAAUACACACAAUACACAAGACGUGGGACCAAGCGAAGAAAAGAUGUGCUCUAGAAGGCGCUACACUCUUCUAUCCUGAAGACCAGAACGAGGCUGAUGUGGUCCUCGCACACAUGAAUGAGACCCAACCCUUAUUCGGAUGGGUGUUUGUCGGGAUAUCAUCGAAAUUAGCAAAAGGAGUCUUCAAGACAGUAGACGGAAUCGCAGUCAGGGAUAUCUACAACAAAUGGAGUCUCGGGGAGCCAAAUGAUGCCAACGGUGAAGAAGACUGCGUUGUGAUGAAGACAGAGGGCUCUUACAAUGACGAGAAAUGCUCAAAGAAGUUUCCGUUUAUUUGCAAAAAGACUCUACAAUCGCUGAAAUGGAAUGAAGAAUGCAACACUCCAUAUUUAGGUUACAAAUACAAUGUGGAUUUGGGCAGGUGUUACAAGUUCCACUUGCACCCUCUGACGUGGCGAGAGGCGGUAGAGGCGUGCGAUGCUGAGCAGGCGUACUUAGCCAUCGUCAACUCGCAGCAGGAGGUGGCCCACCUUGUUAAUAUCACCGCCAGCGCUCCCAAGGACAAGGUGCAAGGCUGGUAUUUACGCGGCGCCGUGCAUUUGGGCUUCAACUAUGACACGGCUGAGGAUGGUUGGAGAACAACCACAGGUGAGACAUUAGAGGAAGCAGGAUACGCAGCGUGGGGCAACUAUCAACCCGACGGUGGAGAGAACGAACGCUGCGGUUCCAUGUUCUACAACGGUCACCUCAACGACAUCAGCUGUGAUACACAAAGAUGCUUCUUUAUAUGCGAAGUAGAAAAUAAACUUCUCAACUUGUUUGAUGAUAGAUUCGGAGUAUAAUAUAUUUUUUUUAAAUUCAAACUCCAAAGUCAGCACCAAAUGACUACUUUACAAGUGUUAUCUUUUUGACUUGUAUAGUUUUUAAAUAGAUAUUUCUAAGACUUCAUAAAUAAUACUCAACAUUUGAUACGAAUAAAUAUUAAAGACUUAAUUUGUACAUAUUUGUAUAUAUCACUUUAAAAAACUGUGUACUUUGUAUUCCAUUAAUAUUGUAAAACAGAUUUUUUACGGAGCGAUUACAUUGUAAAAUAAUUAAUUUUAAUGGUAAUUUUGUAUGAUACCGUUAAAUGUUUAGUUAAAUAAAUAAUUUUGGAAUAA